AUGGCGUCAGCAGCAGCCCCGCUGGACGCAACAGGCUCGGCGGAGACAGAUCGCGAAGUGCUCCUUCACUUUUUCCGAUCAACGGGCGGGAACUGUUGGACACAUCAAGAGGGCUGGGCGGAGAAUGCGGACGACCUCGGCAGCUGGUACGGGGUCACGACCAACGCAGACGGUCGAGUGGUGAAGAUGGAGCUACAUGGGGAAAGAGAUUAUGUUAGCUUGUACACUGGCAAUAAUGUCAUCGGUGCAAUACCGCGGGAGCUUGGUCGACUCGGUGCUCUUGAGAAGCUGGAUCUUGCUCAUAACAAGCUCUCUGCUCUCUGGGACCACACCCAAAACGCCGAAGACAUCGGCCACGACGAGGGUACUCAACGCAUGUCAGGUGGGCCAAUGCCUAGCCAGCUGUGCCGGUUGCUUGACGUCCUAGAUGAUAUUCAACAAGGAAAGUUUCAGUCGCUCAAGCUCGGAACCAACCCGUGGGUUGAGCCGCCAGAGCCCAUCGUGGUCAAAGGCCCGAAGGCUGUCAGAGGCUAUUUCGAAGACCUGUAUGCUGAGCCUUGCAGGAUCAAGCGCAGCAUCGUCAAGGUUGUUCUUGUCGGGCAGGAAGGCGCAGGGAAAACGAGCUUGCGCCAGAGCAUGAAGGCCAAUGAAGCGACUCCUACGGGCGAGUGGAAGGAGGAGAGCACGGUUUUUGCUGACGUGGAGGCGAUGGAGCUAGAAGGCUCAUCCGUUCGGGUGUACGACUGCGCUGGGCAGGUUGCCUACACAGGGCUGCUGCAGAUGUUCUUGACGCCACGAGCGGUUUGCGUGCUCGUGUGCAACGCGGGGAAGUUCGGACAGCAGACCCGCAGCGAAAGCAAUGAUCAGGUUGGGGAAGACUGUCGCAAGCUGGAAGAGUUGCGCGUAUGCGAUUGGCUGCGAUCAAUAUCUCGACGCGUUCCCAACAACGACGUCAUCCUUGUCGCCACCAAGUGUGACCUGGCGGGCGGAAACGCUGGGAAAAUUGGCGCAAGAAUGGAGCAUGCCUGUCGGAGGUGGCUGUCGAGCUGGGUUCGCAAUGGCUUGCAGCCCGUUCGGUUGGAGCCCUGCGUCUCCCUCACGAGCUGCUUCGAGACAGGAGUUGGUGAGCAUGGCGAGAGCAGCACUGGGAGUCACGAGUUGAAGGGGGGUUGGGCGUGCGACUGGCGAGACAUGGCAGACGGUAACCCCUCGCCCAGUUUGCUUCACCGGCUCGUCAACAAGCCUGACGGACGUGGUCUCCGAGGAACGCAGAUGGUGCUUCCUCGCAGCUGGGAUAUUGCCCUCACUGUUCUGGAAGCCCUUGAGCAUGGAAGAGAUCCCGUGGAGGUGGUACUGCGCAAGUCGCCCGAUCCCGACAGAGGAGACGCGACAGAAACGGCAAGAGGCGAGACAGCCAUGUAUCAGGGGAUCACGGUCGAGGACCUCAGCAUCAAAUGGCAGGAAACAGUUGACGGACUUGAGAGGAGUGGAGUCACGGUUACAAACGCCAAGAAUGCUUUGGAGGGAGCCCUCUUAAUCAGGGAGUUCGAUGGAUCCCUCAUCCGCUACGAGAAGUUUAUCUUUCUGGACGUCGUUUGGCUGGCAAAAAUCCUUAAACCAUUGCUCAACCACAAGGAUCAAGAGACCUUUGACGGCCUUGUGAGCCUUGGGGAUACGGGUGACGCGCGCAUCACACUCGACGAUCCAUCAGACAUCGCUUCGUGGGGCCGACUCAAGAGCCAGGGUGUGCUUGAACCCAGGUUGGCGUAUGCCAUCUGGCCUAACGGUCUGUCCGAGUACGUGCUCCCUGCUCUUGCAUUCUUGGGUCUCACUUUCCCGCUCGAAGACGAUCCUGCGAAGGGCCUCGUAGUUCUGCUGAGGCUAAAGCCAGACCGCCCCGAGAGUGUGGGCCAUGCGAUCGACACGUUCUGCUUGGACCACACCCCUGCACUCAGCGCCAGUUGGAAGAUAUUCCUCGGUGUACCGCCUGGUGCGAUUGAAAAGGUGUUGACACGGUGCUGCGGUCUUGGUGGUGUGCGAACCUUCUGGCGAUAUGGGGUUCUUGUUCACGGUGGCCUCGGGGAAGUACAUGUAGGUCGGCGAGGAAUAUUCGCUGUGGUCUUGGAAUACUCUUCCACCGACAACGAGCUUGCUGCUCAGAUUUUCGGCGAUAUCAGCACGCCGGCGCCAUGGGUGGUGCUGUCAUACGUCAUGUCUGCAGUGAGCUUAAUGCUGCUGGAUUUCCCAGGACUGCGCUGGAGAGGCUCUCUGACGUGUCCCCAGCAUGGUGACACCAUGCUGUUGGCGAACAAGGCAAGCCCCGUCGCGGGGCUCGGGGCAGCGGCCAUCGACCUGGUGCGCAUGGUCGACAUCCGACGGGACCGACGUCGAGUACAGGGUAACUCGAAGGAUGAGAACAAGUUGAUUCAAAAGAUCGACGACGUGGCCAUAGCUAUGAAGGGGGGGUUCAACGAGGUGAAGGUUGAGAUGAAUGGAGGGUUUGGCGAUGCCAAGGCCGCGGUUGACGAGCUCAAGAGAGGGUUUGGCGAGGUACAGGGCGAGAUGAAGAGAGGGUUUGACGACACCAAAGCAAAGUUCGACGACGUGAAGAACGAGUUGGUCGUGGUGAAAAGAACACUGGACAAGGUGGCAGAGAGCACCCACGAGAGCCUCAUGCGCCUAGAGAACUUGCUGGACCCGAACUACCGCUACCCUCGCCUCGUGGUCGUAAAGGAGGUUGGAUCUAAUGGCACCUCGUCGAACGCUCAUGGUGUCAAAAGAUGGCUUGGCAAGAUUCGUGGCGUGGGAAAGAAAGACAUGACGCUGCACUUCUUGUGCCCGGUCGACAUGACUACGGUGCCGUGCGGCUAUGGUGGCGAAGGCUAUCGGAUUCAGGAGACGCGUGGCUGGGUUAAGAAAAUAUCGCCGGUGCUUCAGGUACAACGAGGAUUGUGACACUUGAAGAUUAUCUACGAUGUUUGGGGUGCUACGCUGGUGGCGGUCGUGACCGCAAAGGUGGC